UUUGCGAGCGCGGGUGGCAUUCGAAACACCCAUGGUGCUAAGAGUACAAUGAUCCGAACUCCAACUUGCAACCUGCUCACAUAAGAAGAAACUUGAGUUUUCUUUUAAAGGGCAACCAGACCGAAGCUGUCCGCAAGACAACCGCGCCGCCAUCUUCCCUGAGCAGACCAAGGAUAAGAGAAAGAGAGAAAAGGAAGGGCCGUCAGAAUGACUCUCAUCACUUCUUUACCACUAGAUUACUACGAGAUCCUUAGUGUCCGCUUCACAUCUGCACCUAUUUCGAAGCAAGAACUCAAGAGCGCAUAUCACCGCGCCCUGCUCAAACACCACCCAGACAAGGCCGCCGCCAGCGCAGGCGCUGCCGCUCAGGACGCGCCUGCGAGUCUUCUCGCCUCGGAUACACAUGGCUCCCAACCCGCAAGGGCCUACACGAUAGACGAAAUCACUGCUGCAUACAAGGUUCUCUCCGAUCCGUCUUUACGCGCGGAGUAUGAUCGAACCCUGCGACUUGAUCGCGCGCGGGCCGCGGGGCUGGAGAAGGCUCGCGGCAAUGGAGUUCUGUUUCAUACGGGGUUGGAGGUGGUGGAUCUGGAAGACUUGAGCUGCGAAGAGGGUGAGGAUGGUGAAGAUUUCUGGUACAGAGGGUGUCGUUGUGGGGAUGAGAGAGGGUUUCUGCUGACAGAACGGGACUUGGAGAAAGAGGCGGAGAAUGGGGAAAUUGUGGUUGGGUGUCGGGGGUGUAGCUUGUGGAUGAAAGUUCUGUUUGCGGUGGAAGAUGACCAUGAUGCCGAGCAGGAGCGAGGGGCCUGAGGUGGUACUCGUGGACAAGUUUGUGUGAGGGUCUGAAAAUACUCUCAUCCUAGUCCUCCUGUCCCAAAAGGGUGGGUUAUCAUGCGCACGAUUGCCUGAUCCAGCAAGACAAACGCGGUGGAUCAGUCUCUUUGGGGGAACAUGCCCCAGGCUCUUCGAGAUCCGAGUCCGAUACGGUUGUGGAACAUGGUCCGCAUCGCAGGCGUGGGAUCUGUGGCCAUAGAGCUGAGGCACUUGAAUUGCGAGGUGGUGUUGAUAUGCUCAUGCUUGCUCUCUCGAGCACUUGGGUGCAAUCAUGUCAUUUUGUUGACAUGGAGAGGAUCAUCAGAUUAUGGGUGCGGAAUGAAGUCCAGAGCUCACAGGUUCAGCGCUUUGCCAUGAGCAGAAGAAGCCUAGUGCGGUCAGAGUGUGCUGUGUCGUCACUUGACGAGCUGGGAGAAAAGCCUCGCCAUCAAUGGAUCCAGAAGAGCUUAGCAGGUUGACUAUAGA